CAAACCGAGAAUACACUUGAAUGACAGAAAGGAGCAACACGCGGCCAAGACUUUGUUUUGCAAUGAGUCUAGAACCCCCACAAUGCCCCGAAAGUACCAGACUCCAGCCUCCAAGAUUCAAAACCGGGAGAGCCAACGACGCUCCCGGGCGCGGCACCGAGAGUUGAUGGAGGACUUGAGGAAGAGAUUAGAAGCACACGAGCGCCGUGGUGUCGAAGCCUCCCUUGAGAUGCAGAUGGCAGCCAGAGCUAUCCUUGUCGAGAACCAGCGUCUGCGAUCUUUGCUCGCCCUGCAUGGCAUCUCUUCGGAGGAAAUCGAUUCGUAUCUGGCAUCAAGUCGGCUGCCUGACACCGGAGGGUCCGAAACACACUCUGGUGUUAGCUGCAUCACAGGUGAAACCACACGCAGCCGUCAGCCCCCUGCGUCUUCGCAAGCGCGCAACACGUCAUUGCACAGCCAGCGCCGUGGAUUCUCCGUCGCUGAGCCGAGCAUAGUCAGGCGUUUUCCCUCAUCUUCGGCGACUUUGUCGCCGAUUUUAGCCUCCUCUCCGGCCGCUGAGCGGUGCACUUCAUCAGACACAUCACUAUAUGCCCCGAUCGAUGUCAUUGCCCCAGAUUACUAGCCACAACCUCGCGGCAACUCGACCCCAUGGUCGCCAGGACGAGCAAGAUUACCAGUGGCCGGAAGACCGUCAGCAUCGCACGGCGGACCACAGUGCUUCCUCCUCGACGAAUAUGCUUCCACCAGUGUCAGAUUGCUUCUGUCCACCAGAGCAAUCGACUUCUCGUGCCAACUCUUUGGAGGCUCACGAGACCUCUUGCGACGCAGCGGCCGAGAUCCUCGCCGAGCUCCACAGCCAUC